CUAGACGAACGUAGAAAAAUGUCAAGUAUUUAUCAUAUGUGCUAAGGGAGGAAGGAGCGCGCAUCGGACGCAGCAUAAGAUGGCUCCAUUUUAAACUAUAUAUAUAUAUAUAUAUAUAUAUAUAUGCACAUUGCGGGACACUUGACUCCAGUUUAAAAAAAAAAAAAAGGAAAAAAAAGAUGAUUUUCACAUUGCGGGACACUUGGCUCAACCUUGGAUGACAGGAUGCAUAUCUGCUGCCUUGGAUGGUCACAACCUAAAGACCACGUAGUUGCAGGAUGAAAACAUGGCUGCACCCCUUCUCGCACCGCCAGGACCUAACAGCUUCAAGAGGUUUAAUGUGGAAUCUUUGGCGACCCUCGAGCAGCGCAUCAAUGAGGAGAAGAACAAGAAGCCGCCCAAGCAGGACAGCAGUUACCGCGAUGACGAUGAUGAGAACAAGCCCAAGCCCAACAGCGACCUGGAGGCUGGGAAGAGCCUGCCCUACAUCUAUGGAGACAUCCCUAAGGGAAUGGUGGCGGUACCACUGGAGGAUCUGGAUCCGUACUACCUGAACUCUCAGAAAACAUUUAUAGUGCUAAAUAGGGGGAAGACAAUCUUCCGUUUCAGUGCCACACCUGCCUUGUACUUCAUAAGUCCUUUUAAUCUGGCUAGGCGAAUAGCUAUUAAAAUUUUGAUACAUUCUCUUUUCAGCAUGAUCAUUAUGUGUACUAUUUUGACCAACUGUAUAUUCAUGACCUUUAGUGAUCCUCCCGAGUGGUCAAAACAAGUAGAGUACACAUUCACAGGAAUUUAUACGUUUGAGUCUCUUGUAAAAAUCACAGCACGAGGAUUCUGUAUAGAUGGCUUUACAUUCCUCCGAGACCCAUGGAACUGGCUGGACUUUAUGGUCAUCUCCAUGGCAUAUAUAACAGAGUUUGUGGACCUGGGCAAUGUAUCUGCGCUGAGAACGUUCAGAGUUCUCCGAGCAUUGAAAACUAUCUCUGUAAUUCCAGGCCUGAAGACCAUUGUGGGAGCCCUCAUCCAGUCUGUCAAGAAGCUUUCCGAUGUGAUGAUCCUGACCGUCUUCUGCCUCAGUGUCUUUGCACUCAUUGGUCUGCAGCUCUUCAUGGGCAACCUGCGCCACAAGUGUGUCAUCUGGCCCAUCAAUUUAACUGAGAGCUACCUGCCCAACGGCAGCAUAGGCUUCGACUGGGAUGAAUACAUCAUGAACAACACAAAUUUCUACUUCCUGCCUCACCAAACCGAUGCCCUUCUCUGUGGGAACAGCUCAGACUCAGGUCGUUGCCCGGAGGGCUACACGUGUAUGAAAGCUGGGAGGAAUCCAAACUACGGCUACACCAGCUUUGACAGCUUUGGAUGGGCCUUCCUGGCUCUUUUCCGACUCAUGACACAAGACUUCUGGGAAAAUCUCUACAUGCUGACACUGAGGGCGGCAGGAAAGACCUACAUGAUCUUCUUUGUGUUGGUGAUCUUUGUGGGUUCUUUCUACUUGGUGAACCUGAUCCUGGCUGUGGUGGCCAUGGCCUACGAGGAGCAGAACCAAGCCACCAUGGAGGAGGCCCAGCGGAAGGAGGAGGAGUUUAAGGCCAUGCUAGAGCAGCUCAAGAAACAACAGGAAGAAGCUCAAACUGCUGCCAUGGCAACCUCAGCUGGAACAGUAUCAGAGGAUGCGGUCGAGGAUGACGGGGGAGGGCGGCUGUCAUGCAGUUCUUCUGAGAUGUCCAAGCUCAGCUCCAAGAGUGCCAAGGAGCGGCGGAACCGUAAGAAGAAGUGGCGCCAGAAAGAGCAAGAGAAGGAGAAAGGUGACAGCGAGAAGUUUGUCAAGUCCGAGUCAGACGACGGAAGCAAGAGGAGCCGCUUCCGCUUUCCCGAUAACCGCCUGGGUCGAAAAUCUUCCAUUAUGAACCAGUCUCUCCUCAGCAUACCAGGCUCACCCUUCCUGUCCCGCCACAACAGCAAGAGCAGCAUCUUUAGUUUCAAGGGCCGCGGCAAGGAUGUGGGUUCAGAGAACGAGUUUGCAGACGACGAGCACAGCACGGUGGAGGAGUGCGAGGAGCGCCGGGGCUCCCUGUUCAGCCCGUACCGGCGCAGCAGCUAUAGCGGCUACCAUGGGAAGAGGAACAGCACAGUGGAUUGCAACGGCGUGGUGUCGCUCAUCGGCCCCGGGCCUGGUGGACGCCUUCUGCCUGAGGUGAAAAUAGAUAAGGCAGCUACUGAUGACAGUCCCACUACUGAGGUUGAGGUGAAGAAGAAGCUGUCUGGCUCCCUGAUGGUGUCUGUGGACCAGCUCAAUACCUCCUUUGGGCGGAAAGAGCGGGCCAACAGUGUCAUGAGUGUCAUUACCAACACACUAGUGGACGAACUAGAGGAGUCCCAGCGCAAGUGUCCACCAUGCUGGUAUAAGUUUUCAAACACAUUCCUGAUAUGGGAAUGCUCCCCCACGUGGCUGAAGAUAAAGGAGAUUGUCAACCUGAUAGUCAUGGAUCCGUUUGUGGACUUGACCAUCACCAUCUGCAUUGUCCUCAACACGCUUUUCAUGGCCAUGGAGCACUAUCCCAUGACACCCGACUUCGAGGCGAUGCUCUAUGUAGGGAAUCUGGUGUUCACUGGGAUCUUUGCUGGGGAAAUGAUGUUCAAACUAGUGGCUAUGGAUCCCUAUUACUACUUCCAAGAAGCCUGGAAUUGUUUUGACGGCUUCAUCGUGACGCUGAGUUUAGUCGAGCUGGCUCUAGCUGAUGUCGAGGGUCUGUCAGUGCUGCGGUCAUUUCGACUGCUGAGAGUGUUUAAGCUGGCCAAAUCAUGGCCGACCCUCAACAUGCUGAUCAAGAUCAUUGGCAACUCCGUGGGCGCUUUAGGGAACUUGACUCUUGUGUUGGCUAUCAUCGUGUUCAUCUUUGCUGUGGUGGGCAUGCAGCUGUUUGGAAAGAGUUACAAAGACUGUGUGUGCAAGAUCGACAUCGACUGCAAGCUGCCACGUUGGCACAUGAAUGACUUCUUCCACUCCUUCCUGAUUGUCUUCCGGGUGCUCUGCGGCGAGUGGAUUGAGACCAUGUGGGACUGCAUGGAGGUGGCCGGCCAGGGCAUGUGCCUCAUCGUCUUCAUGAUGGUCAUGGUUAUUGGCAACUUGGUGGUGUUGAACCUGUUCCUUGCCUUGCUGCUGAGCUCAUUCAGUGCAGACAACUUGGCUGCCACGGAUGACGACGGCGAGCUGAACAACCUGCAAAUUUCUGUCAUUCGCAUGAAGAAAGGCAUCGCAUGGUUCAAAGCCAAGAUGCGGCUGCUGGUGGCCAGUCUCCUGAGGAAACCACCCAUGGAGGAUGAGCAGAAGCCUUUAGACGACAUGUACGACAAGAAGCUGAACUGUAUUGCCAACCACACGGGGGUGGACAUAAACCGAGAUCUGGACUAUGUAAAGAAUGGCAAUGGCACCACCAGUGGCAUUGGCAGCAGCGUGGGCAAGUAUAUGAUCGAUGAAGACCACAUGUCGUUCAUCCACAACCCCAACCUGACCGUCUGCGUACCCAUUGCUGUUGGGGAGUCUGACUUUGAGAACCUCAAUACAGAGGACUUCAGCAGCGAGUCAGACAAUGAGAACAGCAAAGAGCUGGACGACACGAGCUCGUCGGAGGGCAGCACCAUUGACAUCAAGCCAGAUGUGGAGGAGGUGGUGGUAGUGGAGACGGUGGAAGAAUAUAUGGAACCAGAGGCAUGUUGGACAGAUGCGUGUGUGGCCAAGUACAAGUGCUGCGAUGUUGACAUCACCAUAGGCUGGGGGAAGAGCUGGUGGUUCCUGCGGAAGACCUGCUACCUGAUCGUGGAGCACAACUGGUUUGAGACUCUCAUCAUCUUUAUGAUCCUCCUCAGCAGCGGAGCCCUGGCCUUUGAGGAUGUGUAUAUUGAGCAAAGGAAAACCAUCCGAAUCAUUUUGGAGUACGCAGACAGGGUUUUCACCUACAUCUUCAUCCUGGAGAUGCUGCUGAAAUGGGUUGCUUACGGCUUUGUCAAGUACUUCACCAACGCUUGGUGUUGGCUGGACUUCUUUAUUGUGGAUGUGUCUAUAGUCAGCCUUGUAGCUAAUGCGCUGGGCUACUCCGAUCUAGGGCCCAUUAAAUCACUCAGGACACUAAGGGCCUUGAGACCCCUCAGAGCCUUGUCACGUUUUGAAGGGAUGAGGGUGGUAGUCAACGCCUUGGUGGGAGCCAUCCCUUCCAUUAUGAACGUGUUGCUGGUUUGCCUCAUCUUUUGGCUGAUUUUCAGUAUCAUGGGGGUCAACUUGUUCGCGGGCAAGUACUACUACUGUUUCAACGAGACCUCCGAGGAGUACUUUUCCGUUGACGAGGUCAACAACAAGACCCAAUGUGAGGCCCUCAUUGAGCAAAACUUUACGGAGGUCAGGUGGAAGAACGUUAAAAUCAACUUUGACAAUGUGGGCGCUGGUUACCUGGCCUUGCUGCAAGUGGCCACAUUCAAAGGCUGGAUGGACAUUAUGUUUGCAGCUGUGGAUUCCAGAGAGGUGGAAGACCAGCCCGACUAUGAAGUGAACAUCUACAUGUACAUCUACUUUGUGGUUUUCAUCAUCUUUGGGUCCUUCUUUACCCUCAAUCUCUUCAUUGGUGUGAUCAUUGACAACUUCAACCAGCAAAAGAAAAAGUUUGGAGGUCAGGAUAUAUUUAUGACAGAGGAACAGAAGAAGUACUACAAUGCCAUGAAGAAACUGGGCUCCAAAAAGCCUCAGAAACCCAUCCCUCGACCACAGAACAUGAUCCAAGGAAUGGUCUUUGACUUUGUCACACAGCAAGUAUUCGACAUCUCCAUCAUGAUCCUCAUUUGUCUCAACAUGGUCACCAUGAUGGUGGAAACGGAUGAUCAAUCCGAUGAGACAGAAAAUGUCCUCUACUGGGUCAACUUCAUCUUCAUUGUGGUCUUCACCACAGAGUUCUUGCUGAAGCUCUUUGCUCUUCGCCACUACUACUUCACCAAUGGAUGGAACAUCUUUGAUGUGGUGGUGGUCAUCCUGUCAAUUGUUGGAAUGUUCCUGGCUGACAUUAUCGAGAAGUACUUUGUGUCUCCAACGUUGUUCAGGGUGAUUCGCUUGGCUCGUAUCGGACGUAUCCUGCGUCUCAUCAAAGGAGCAAAGGGCAUCCGAACGUUACUCUUCGCCCUGAUGAUGUCACUGCCAGCGCUGUUCAACAUCGGCCUCUUGCUCUUCCUGGUCAUGUUUAUCUUCUCCAUCUUCGGCAUGUCCAACUUUGGCUACGUAAAGCACGGUGCCGGCAUUGACGACCUGUACAACUUUGAGACCUUCGGCAACAGCAUGAUCAUCCUGUUUAUGAUCACCACUUCAGCCGGCUGGGACGGCUUGCUUUUGCCCAUCCUCAACUACCCACCAGACUGCAACCCCAACCUGGAGAACCCUGGCACCUCGGUCAAGGGUGACUGCGGUAACCCUUCAGUGGGGAUAUUUUUCUUUGUCAUGUACAUUAUAAUUUCUUUCCUGAUUGUGGUCAACAUGUACAUUGCCAUCAUCCUGGAGAACUUUAGCGUGGCCACGGAGGAGAGCGCCGAUCCUCUUAGUGAGGACGACUUCGAGACCUUUUACGAGAUCUGGGAGAAGUUUGAUCCCACCGCCUCUCAGUUCAUCACCUUUGCCAAACUGUCUGACUUUGCUGACGCGCUCGAGCACCCGCUUCGUGUGCCAAAGCCUAACACCAUCGAGCUGAUUGCCAUGGACCUGCCCAUGGUGAGCGGCGAUCGCAUCCACUGCCUGGACAUUCUGUUUGCCUUCACCAAGCGUGUGCUGGGCGACAGCGGUGAGUUGGACAUGCUGAGGCAGCAGAUGGAGGAGCGCUUUGUGGCGGCCAAUCCUUCCAAGGUGUCGUACGAGCCCAUCACCACCACGCUGCGCCGCAAGCAGGAGGACGUCUCGGCCAGGAUCAUACAAAACGCCUAUCGCGCUCACCUCAUCCGCCGUGGCAUCAUUUUCAAGCGCCAUGCGUUCGUCAACAACAAGCUGGAGAAUGGAGGCACCAACCAGGAGAAAAAGGAGAGCACGCCAUCCACCGCUUCACUCCCUUCGUACGACAGCGUGACCAAACCUGACAAGGAGAAGCAAGAUGACAACAAGGCGGAGUGGGCCAGGAAGGAGAAGGACAAAAACCAAAAAGAUGAGUGGGAAUCUAAGUGUUAGUAACCAUCAGACUCAUCAUUUGCAAGUAAUAAAACCUGAGAAAAAUACUGGAAGAAAAUGUUUACAUCAAAGACUGCUGAACCAAACACAAUCAGUUUACUGUGGAACUUAACUGCAUAAUGACCAAGCUCUUAGAUGUUAGUGACUGAAAACAGUGUGCUGGCCAUUACACACAUAUACACAAACACACACACACACACACACACCGAUAUCUUUGGGGACCAACGUGCCAAGACACACAACUCUCUCCUGAGAGAAUGAGAGAACAGCAACGUCCCUGCCAACGGCGAGCAUGUGAAGCCCCUCUGCAAAGCUUCCACGCUGCAGCACCGCUCGAACUAUAACGUCAGGCUAAGGAAGAAGAAAAAAACAUCAUAAAUCAACCACACGAGCGAGCGGGGGAUGGAUGGAUGGAUGGAGGGUGAGGGGAAUACUGAAACGUAGACAAAGGGUUUAUUUUAGUUUGUUUGUGCCUCAGUGCAUCUUUACAUGAUUUGAGCAGGAAAAAACAAACAACAAAAGACGACAUCAAGCCCAUGUCACAAGCGCUUUCAUCUCCUCUUUAUUAUGCUUACAUAGGGAAAAGACAUUAUGGUUUUGGUCAUGGUUUUGACGCGGGCUGCAGGA